AUGGCGAUUCCGAACAGCAGAAAUUUCGCCAAUUGUUACAUGGAACUGUGCAAACAGCAACAUCUGCGACCUCUGCCGGUCAUCUGCGUGACACUUCCCCAUAGUCUAGACUUCACCACCGACCGCGUAAAAAUGGACGAUUGGGGCCCCAUAUUAAAUUCUCUGUCUCUCGAUCGUAGCCUACGAUCGAUCAGCGUUCGCAGCAGGUAUCAAUGUCGCAAACCUUUGGAGGAGAUCAAUUCGGAAGACAAGGCCAGAACGAUGGGCAAGGCACCUGUCGUCUUGUCUCGAUAUCUUCUGGAGUGGCUGUCCCAUAGCGUAGCUCAAUGCGUCAGAAAUUCCCCGGUUCUCACCAAUUUGGAGCUGGAAGGAAUUCCAUUUCCGCCAGAUUGUUUGGCUGUUCUGUGCGUGGGUCUGUCCCACACGCACACCCUUCAUUAUUUGUCUCUUCAGCGUUGUUACAUCGGUGAUAGUUCUUGCGAGGUAUUGUGUCGUACGGUGGCCGAUGUUCCGAGUGUCAGAUCGUUGAAUCUCAGUUACUGCGACUUGACGUGCAAGUGCGGCCCGGCUCUAGCGGCCGCCUUGUGCAGACAGAAGCUGUUGCUCUAUCACGACACUUGGAAACAGUCGCUCAGAUAUCAAGAACCGAAUCUCGAGGCUAUGCCCGGAUUACGUCGUUUGACGUUGAACGAUAAUCCUCAACUCGGCGACGCGGCCAUAAUGGAGCUGAUCGAAGCGGUGAGGGAUAGUCUUUGGUUGAAGGCGUUGGAUCUGCAACGGUGUGGAUUGACCGACAAGAUCGGCAAGGAUCUUCUCGAGCUGCUGGACCACAACACCACUCUGAGUAUACUGGACGUGAGGCAGAACGUGAAUCUGAACGAGGCGUUGGUGAACGAGGUGAUCAAGAGGCUGGAGGAGAACAACGGCGACUCGAAGACCGAGUAUAGGUGGUUGGGUUUGCCACAGCACGAUCGAAGAGUGGUGUCGGCAGGAAGUGGGAACAGGAACGAGAACGAGGAUCACAGGAAACCUCCGAUCAGGCCGCGCAGCACCGAGUACAACAAGGGGCCGUAUCAGACUGCAGCUAGGAGAAUGUUUAAUCAAAGUAACGCGAGGAAAACGAAGAUGAGACCUCACGUUCCUCCGUACAAGACUACUAGACAACAACAGGAGCAACAGCACAUGGUUCAAAACGGUCAGCCCAAGUCGAAAAUCUCGCUUCAUCUGGAUCUACAGUCUCACAUACAGCCUGUGAUGGGGGAGGGUCAAAAUAACGUUCCAUCCUACGUGGACAGUAUUCAGGCCGACACGGACAGGUCCUCGUCGAAGAAUCUGGAGAUCAUAAAAAUCGACGUUGGCGUGCAAGUGGAAGACGAACAAAUGGAGAAUUCCACUAAGAUUCAGAAGAUCCAGUACCAAUUGAACGAGGCGAAGGCUGAACACGAUCGGCUGAUCGAAGAGGCUAGACGUAGCGGUAUAAUGUUAGCGGACGAGCGAGGAAGACGCGAGGCCGCCGAGGAGCAGUUGAACGCGAUGAAAAGCAACCUGACAGAGCUGGAGAACGCUCUGGAAGAGAAGGAGCGGGAAACGAGCGGAUAUCUAUUGCUCAGUCAGCAGUCUUUGGAGGAGAUUUGCAGUUCCUUUGAUAGAUUGCUGAACAUGUUGGACAACAUGACGAAAAAUCCGAAUGCUAAUAGAAGGGAGAGUACCGAGGCUGCCAUUGUGAGGGCGGACAUAAAGAGACGGGUCGCCUCUGUGAUCAGGGAGACGAAAUCGGAGAACCUGAGGCGAGGAUUCAUCAUCGACGACGACGACUCGAUCCGGUACACGGAGCCUAUCAAGAAGUUUGCCAAGUCGGAGAGCGACAUGAGAUCCGCUUUGCCACCGAUUUCCACGUUGCAUCUGGAGAGGAAUAUAGGGGACAGUCCGGAUAUCGGUUCGCCCACUUUGCAAAGGGUUUUGCUUCACGAGAAGGACUCGUUAUCUCCCAGAGCUAGGGCCAGGGCGCUGUUCGCUCAAAUAAUUCAAGGGAACGCUGUGCUUGACUUUUGCACUCAUAUCGAUUAG